AUGCCGGCAGCCCACUUCACCAUCGCCUCCUCGGUCGCUGCCGCUUCCCUCGCAGCGACCACCGAGUGCUACACGGACAUCGCGGACGAGAGGCGUUCGCGCGCUGUCACUGUCACGUCUCGGCCCGUCCUCGACAUCGACCCGACCGCCGUCAUCGCCGCUCCGGACGGGCUCUCAGCUCUCAUGAAGGGCGGCGGGCCGUGUCCGGAGAAGGCCCGCGUCGCCAUCUCCGGCAUGCCGACAGCCCACUUCACCGUCGCCCGUGCGUGCCUGUGUGACUACUGCGGCCAGACAAUGAACGACAUGUACUGCGGCCAGGCAAUGAACGACGCGUCGCCGUGCGACGCGCGCCGAGAGAGGCGCUACAUGGUCGACUUCAAUGAGAGCGAGGGCGAGUCGGCUUUCUUGGUUGUGAGAUCAACAAAGGGCGUCUGGUUCGACAACCCCCACGUGUUCCAUCGGAGCCUCGCAAAGGUGCCAAUCAGCUUUUGUUUCGCGGAGGGGGCCCAGGUUCAGACCGAGCUCGGGCCAACGGCUUCCGUCAAGGUCGGUGGCUACUUCGCUUCUAGUGCGGAGUAUGAGGAGUGGUAUCAGCGCCGCCGCGCGAGCCUGACGCUGCCGCCUUCGCUCGGAGCUGAGGCGGGCGGCGUCAUCAACGACGUCCUCCUGAAAGGAGGAGGGCCGUCGCCGGGGAGGCCCGCCUCCGAGGAGGCCGCGGAGCGGUUCAGGCAGAUCGAGCAGAGUGUACGAGCCCAGCUCUGGAAAAACAUGAGCUAUCGCAGCUGCCUGCCCGCCAAAGCCGACACCGAUCUCGAUGAGAUGCUUACCCUUUAG